AGAGCAAUGUAUAUUUACCUUAUGACUAAAGACGUGACAAAGCAGGUUUUAUUUUGAAUGUGCAACCCGGAAGUUGUACAUUUACCGGGCAUGUUGACCCUGCUAAGAAAACGGUGCAUGGAACGAAGCGUACACAAGUUAAAGACUAAAACAUUUCUUUUCGUUUCUUUUAUUCAUAGGAGGCAGCCAGGCUGUUUGGUUCAUUUUCUGUCUUCAUAAGCAGGCUGUCCCCGUGAGAAAAUAUGCCCGAAAUUAAAGUAACACCACUGGGUGCUGGACAGGAUGUCGGCCGCAGCUGCAUCCUUGUCUCUAUCGGGGGCAAAAAUAUCAUGUUGGACUGUGGGAUGCACAUGGGGUACAAUGACGAUAGACGUUUCCCAGACUUCUCUUACAUAACCCAGAACGGGCGUCUGACAGACUUUUUGGACUGUGUGAUCAUCAGUCAUUUCCACUUGGACCACUGUGGUGCGCUGCCUUACAUGAGUGAGAUGGUGGGCUACGAUGGGCCCAUCUACAUGACUCACCCCACCAAGGCCAUUUGUCCCAUUUUGUUAGAAGAUUUUCGAAAGAUCACUGUGGACAAAAAAGGAGAAACCAACUUUUUCACCUCGCAAAUGAUCAAGGACUGUAUGAAGAAAGUUGUUCCUUUGAACCUUCACCAAACUGUCCAGGUGGAUGAUGAGCUGGAGAUCAAGGCGUACUAUGCAGGUCAUGUCCUGGGAGCUGCAAUGGUGCACAUCAAAGUGGGAUCAGAGUCUGUGGUCUACACUGGAGACUACAACAUGACACCAGACAGGCAUUUAGGCGCUGCAUGGAUCGAUAAGUGCCGUCCAGACAUCCUCAUCUCAGAGUCUACGUACGCCACCACCAUCCGUGACUCCAAGAGAUGCAGAGAGAGGGACUUUUUGAAGAAAGUGCACGAGUCCAUAGAAAGAGGAGGGAAGGUUCUUAUUCCAGUCUUCGCCCUUGGACGAGCUCAAGAACUCUGCAUUCUGUUGGAAACAUUUUGGGAGAGAAUGAACCUGAAAGCCCCGAUCUACUUCUCCACCGGGUUGACGGAGAAAGCUAAUCAUUACUACAAGCUGUUCAUAACAUGGACCAACCAGAAGAUCCGAAAAACUUUUGUGCAGAGAAACAUGUUUGAAUUCAAACACAUCAAGGCCUUCGAUCGCUCCUAUGCCGACAACCCUGGACCGAUGGUGGUGUUUGCCACUCCAGGCAUGCUGCACGCUGGGCAGUCUCUGCAGAUCUUCAAGAAAUGGGCUGGAAAUGAGAAGAACAUGGUGAUCAUGCCUGGGUAUUGUGUACAAGGAACAAUCGGUCAUAAGAUCCUGAAUGGGCAGAGGAAACUGGAGAUGGAAGGAAGAUCAACAUUGGAUGUGAAGCUGCAGGUGGAGUACAUGUCCUUCAGCGCACAUGCUGACGCCAAAGGCAUCAUGCAGCUCAUUCGAAUGGCGGAGCCCCGCAACAUGCUGCUGGUGCACGGAGAGGCGGUGAAAAUGGAGUUCCUCAAGGGCAAGAUCGAGCAGGAGUUCAACAUAGACUGUUACAUGCCAGCAAACGGAGAGACAGAGACUGUGACCACAAACCCCAGUGUGCCUGUGGAUAUAUCGCUGAACCUGCUCAAGAGGGAAAUGGCUCUUGGAGGGCCCCUGCCUGAUCCUAAAAAACCCCGCACCAUGCACGGAACCCUGAUCAUGAAAGAAAACAGUCUGAAGCUGGUGUCGUCUGAGCAGGCCCUGAAGGAGCUCGGCCUCAACGAGCAUCAGUUACGCUUCACCUGCCGCGUCCAGCUCCAGGACCCACACAGCGACCCCGACACACUCCACAGAAUCUACACACACCUCAAGAGCGUGUUGAAGGGUUACACCAUCCAACACCUCCCUGACGGCACAGUCAUGGUGGAGUCCAUCGUCAUCAAAGUGUCCUCCUCCGCUGAAGACCCCAACACCAAGGUCCUGCUACUUUCCUGGAGUUAUCAGGAUGAAGACCUGGGGAGCUUCCUCUCAAAUUUGCUGAAAAAGGGGCUUCCAUCUGGACUGUGCUAAAAUAUAUUUAGUCCCAGAAACACGAACAUUUAAAGGUUCAUUUGGAGCCAUUAUUUCUGGAGAAAGCGCAGUCUCAGCGCAACACAGAGGCUGAACCGUUUGGACCCCGAUCCUUACGUGUUCACCAGUCCACGUCCUGAUCGGACCGUUCUUUAUGAGAGCACAUAAAGACUCUUCCAUUAACUCAAAAAUAAGAUACUGAUUUUGGAUUUCUCCUUUUUAUUUUGAUGCUCAAAAUCUAUUCGAAUAAACAGUUUUGUAUGAAUGUUA